AUGACUCGACCCGUGUUUUCCUUUUGCUCUGACGAUGUUGAUGAUGAUGAAGAUGAUGAAGCAUCAGAGCGUUUGAAUCUGAUCCAGCUCCGCCCAGAGGCUCGGCGUGGUUCUGACGGCGUCGAUGGAGGGUUUAUGAGGCUCGAUCUGCCCCUGUUUGGUCUGCAGCAGUGUCUGAUCUUCUCCUCCUCUGCCUGUCCUCCUCAGCAGCAGUGUCUGAUCUUCUCCUCCUCUGCCUGUCCUCCUCAGCAGCAGUGUCUGAUCUUCUCCUCCUCUGCCUGUCCUCCUCAGCAGCAGUGUCUGAUCUUCUGGGCGUUGUUAAUGUGUCUGUAUCUGCAGACUCAGACCAUCACUCAGGCUGAGGUUUAUCUGAGGCUUUCCCACGAGCCGAGCCCCGUCACUUUACUGCUCCUCAGGAUGCGGUGGUGGGAACAGUUCACACACAUUGUGCUGCUGUUGUUUUGUUUCCUCACACUGGCCGUGUGUGUGGGCAACCUGUCCACCAGGGGGCUCCAGGAGGAGGCGGUGGCGUCCAACAGCCUGGAGGAGGCGCUGGAGGUCACCACGUACUGGUGGGGGGAGUGGGCCAAGUGGACGGCCUGCACCCGCACGUGUGGGGGCGGGGUCAUGACCCAGGAGCGUCACUGUCUCAAGCAGAGAAAGAAAGUGACGAGUGGAAAAGACAACAUGACCUGCAGCGGAAUGUCCAAGAAAUAUCACCUGUGCAACACCAAGGACUGUCCCGCUGCGAGUCGGAGCUUCAGAGAGGAGCAGUGCGGCUCCUUCAACUCACAGAUGUACAGCGGCAGGAGCUACCACUGGAAACCGCUCUACCCAGACGACUACGUGCACAUCUCAUCGAACCCCUGCGACCUCCACUGCACCACCAUCGACGGACAGAGACAGCUCAUGGUCCCAGCGAGAGACGGGACCUCCUGCAAAUACAGCAGCUACAGAGGCGUGUGCGUGAGCGGACAGUGUGAGCCCAUCGGGUGUGACGGGGUCCUCUUCUCCUCUCACACUCUGGACAAAUGUGGAGUGUGUCAGGGCGACGGAAGCAGCUGCAGCAGAGUCACCGGAAACUACAGGAGAGGAGCGACUACUCUGGGUUACUCGUUCAUCACUCAGAUUCCUGAAGGCUCCUGGGACAUUCAGAUCAUCGAGAGGAAGAAGUCUGCAGACGUACUGGCCGUGACGGAUCAGGCGGGGAACUUCUUCUUUAACGGCGCCUACAGAGUGGACAGUCCUCAGAACUUCCACGCGGCGGGAACCGUGUUCAAGUACCGUCGCCCCACAGACGUGUACGAGACCGGCAUCGAGUACAUCGUCGCUAAAGGCCCCAUAGACCAGGCCGUCAACAUCCUGGUGUGGAAUCAGAACGGGCGCACUCCGUACAUCACGUACGAGUACACGGUGCUGAGAGACGCUCUGCCCCCGGUGCCUCCGCCGCCGCUCUACACCGGGGCAGACGGCGGCGACGCGUCGAUGGAGGAGGGCGCUCUACUCAACGCCACACACCAGGGGGCGCUGCAGCCGACCGGAGCACAGGAGCCCGCGGAGACCAACGAGGUGUACGAGGAGACGGAGGAAGUGGACUGUGACCAGGACACAUACACAGGAAACAGCAGUCAUCCAGGCGGCACUGCCGAGCCCCCAUUGGCUGCAGGACCUUUGGAGGUGGGGCCUAACUCAAACCCAAACCUGCUCUGGAGAGUUCUACUGGACGGCCGUUUACUGGUGAACAUGUCGACCAAUCAGCUGCUGUCAGAAGGCGGGUUCUUCUCCGACCUGGAGCCAAUGAGCAGCGCCGAACAAAACGAGACGCUGGAGUUCAGUCUGAGCCGAAAGAACGAGAGCUCAGAGAGCGUCCACAACAAGACGGUCGCCCGCGGCAACGGACGCCAGAACCGCACCAGGGGGAACCAGAGGCUGAACCAGAAGAACCUGAAGCUGAGUGUGGCCGACAUGUACCGCUGGAAACUCUCCUCCCAGGAGCCCUGCAGCAUCACCUGCUCCAUCGGGGUGUCCCGGUCCUUUGUGUCCUGUGUGCGUUACGACGGAGUGGAGGUCCACGACAUGUACUGCGACGCCGUGACUCGCCCGGAGCCAGUGCACGACUUCUGCAUCGGGAGAGAGUGUCAGCCGCGGUGGGAGGCGAGCAGUUGGAGUGAGUGCUCUCGCACCUGUGGAGAGGGUUUUCAGUUUCGACAGGUGCGCUGCUGGAAGAUGUUGUCUCCGGGUUUGGACAGUUCUGUUUACAGUGACCUGUGCAUGGAGGCGGAGCUAGAGCGCCCCCCGGAGAGGAGAGCCUGUAAGAGCCCCGCCUGCGGGCCGCAGUGGGAGGUGGCCGAGUGGAGCGAGUGCACGGCGCAGUGCGGCCGCAGAGGUCAGGUGACCCGGGACGUGCGCUGCUCUGAUGAGAACAGGUCAUGUGACCCGACGAACCGACCCCCCAGUGUGAAGAACUGCACCGGCGCCCCCUGUGAGCGGCAGUGGACAGUGUCAGAGUGGGGCCCGUGCUCCGGCGUGUGUGGCGAGGGUCGAACCGUUCGUCACGUUUACUGUAAAGCUCCAGAGGGAAGAGUCGUCCCCGAAAACCAGUGUCCAGCUGAGACCAAACCUCUGUCCAUCCACCCCUGCGGAGAGAGAGACUGCGCCCCCCACUGGCUGGCACAGGAAUGGGAACGGUGUAACACGUCGUGCGGUCGUGGGGUCAAACACAGGGUGGUUCUGUGUGUGGGCAUCAGCGCGGGAAAGAUCCAGGUCCACGACGAAGAGUCAUGUGACCCCAACGCCAAACCCGAGGACGAGGGCACCUGCUUCGAACGGCCCUGCUUCAAAUGGUACUCCACCCCCUGGUCAGAGUGCACUAAAACGUGCGGCGUGGGCGUUCGGAUGAGGGACGUGAAGUGUUACCAGGGCCGGGAGCUGGUUCGAGGCUGUGACCCUCUGACCAAACCGGUGUCCAAACAGACGUGCACGCUCCAGGCCUGCCCCACCGAGCCUCCAGAUGAGAGUUGUCAGGACCGACCCUCCACCAACUGUCUCCUGGCCCUGAAGGUGAACCUGUGCAGUCACUGGUACUACAGUAAAGCCUGCUGCCACUCGUGCCGCGCCCUCCGACCCCCGUCCUCCUGAGCUCGCCAC